AUUGGCGUGGAAUUUAUCGUUAGGUAUUUCUGUUUAAAAAGUCAACUGUGUAUAUUGUGCUCGAAAGAAGUAUCAUUAGUUAGUAAAUAAACAUGUAUCAGAAUUCUCCACGUGAAAAAUAUUAUUUCUACAAUAGUUUGUCAAUUUUAUUAAAAGCUCUCGAAAAUAAACAAACGACAAUAGACUUGAGAAAUGAAGCAUCGGUUUAUGGUACCAUAGAACAUGUGGAUGCAUAUAUGAAUGUCAUGAUGAAAAACUGUUUAUUUACGGAUCCAAGAGGCGAUAAGUUCUCCUUCGAAAUGUUUUUUGUUCAAGCAAGAAACAUACGAUUUGUGCAAAUACCACCAAAGGUACGCAUUAUACCAGCUAUCAAGGAUCAGCUACAGCAAUUAAAUCAAUCCAAAAGCAAUAGGAAAGAUACAAAACGUACUUUUAAAGAAAAACGUGUCCAAUUAAGGCAACAAGAAGGAGUAUUAGCUGUACAAAAUAUGUUAGAAACCAAGAAAGCCAAGGAGCCUAAAAAUAGUAAAGAUGAAUAACUCAUAAUCAUUAAUAAUUCUAAUGAACAUUGAUGAAUUAUUUACAAUUUAUACAGUGCACAUAUUCUUUAAACGCUAAAAAGAUUAUUAAAUUUUUGAAUAU